UUUUUUGACGGAAUAUACAGUGUUCCAUAUUUCUUGUGGGUUUUCUGUCGUUUUUGUAUGCUUUUUAAUUUUUGUGCACCGUCAAGUGAAAAUUAAUAAUGAAAUCGUAGAAGUGAAUUUUACUCAGUGAAAUCUGUGAUUAUAUUAGAAACAUCCAGGCUUUAAUUGAGUUAUUAUUUUAAUAAAAGAAGUUUCCCUAAUGACGUCCAGUUGAAGUUAUCAAUUCAGUUAUUUUUUUCUGUUGGAGGAAAUUCAGGUGAAAGAGAUAAACAAAACGCUUUCUUUGGAUUAUAGCUAUCACAAUGUUUUAUUCUAUUUAAACCUCUUUGGUAUCUGAAAUGAACCUCUCAAAACUUUUAUCUCUAGUCCUUCUAAGAAACUGUGGAAAACUUAGACGUUCUGAACCGGAACUACAGCUUGCGAACUAACCCCAGAAAAGAGGAAAAACAGAACGUGAAGUUCAUAACGUUACUAAACUUGCAAUUCAAAAAACUGUUUCUAAUUAACUUAUUUGUUGAGCAUAGCUCAAUACUUACCCAUGGCAUUGCUACUGUCUAGAAAACAAGGAGACGACCCCAAAAUAGUCCUUCAAUGAACUUAUCGGAACUUACUUUUAUCAAAACCUUGUUGAGAUUUCUAUUCGUAGUGUCAUAGUCUUAUAAUUCUUUCAAGUUGGUCUAGUUAACUCUGCGGAGACUAAAUUGGUCAUCACGGGCUGACAAGAGAAUGAGAUUCCAUGGUCAGUAAAGUAAUGCAGACAUACCGUUUUUAUCUUCAGAAGAGACAAUGAUAUGUGGCCUUGUCGCUGCAAAUGAGAUCCAUAUGCUAGGCGAGAUAAUGAACCGUAAUAUAUGUUUCAUAACAGUUAUACUCAAGCUGUUGUACAAUUUGUAAGAACAGCAUUGUUACUGAAGUCGCGUGCUAUUAUAAGCAAUUACAUUCGAUCCAAAAUCGCCCACAGAUCAUGUUAAAUUGUUGUCAAACCUGUCAGAUUUGUUUUUCAUAUAGUGGCCCGCGCAUGAGUGGAAUAAUCACGCUUACGUGAGAUACGUAACGGGCGAAGGAAAUAAGUCAUUUUUCGGCUUCCGUUUUAAUGAGCUCUUGAUUGAAGCUGAACAUAUGUUUGGCAUAUAGACCCAUUUUUGAUGCAAAAAUAAAUUGAAGAGGUUGAUAUUUCUUCUCCGUGCCAUUAAUGGCUGAACCUGAUUGAUCACCGAUGUUACUGUCUGUCGAAAUCGAGUGAAAUAACAAAAGUGGAGUUACACACCCGAAUGAGGUAAUGGCCUGGUAUAAAGCAAAUCGGGGGCGACUUGACGAAGGCCGUUUGUCCGGGCAAGCUUAGAGAGACGAUCUCGGAAACAACGACAAGAAUUCAACUUGUUCAGGUCUCAAAAAAACCAAAUGGAGUGGAAAAUGAUACUUUUAUGUAUAAUAGCGUUUAUUACAACGACAAGACUGUCCGGUGCUAAGGCGAGAGGAAAGCUACGAGGAAACGGUAAUGGAUUGAGACUAUAUAAACUAACUACACGAGGAAACUGUGAUCCACAUGCCCCGCCAACACAUCGACGAAUGGCGCGCUUGUGGAGUAAACUGGGAUUUCAUCUUGCAGUAUUAUCCAAUGGUACACUACAUGGAGUGAAUAACACCUACUGCCGACAAACUAGCAGAUGUCUGUUUGAGCUUCAGUCGUGUGGCACAAGUGUUAUAAGAAUAAAAAACGUUCAGUCAGGAUUAUUUGUUGCUAUCAAUAAAGCUGGAAAAGUCUAUACCACUAUGAAGAGCCAUAAGGCGGAUACAAUGCUAAUUCAAGAGCUUCGUUCAAAUGGUUUCACUGUGUUCUGGUCGGAAAGAAUUUUCAGAAAGAAAAGUUCCAUGAGGUUCCUUGCUCUGAAGAAAAAUGGCGCAAUAAAAAAAGCUUCUAAGCCAGAACUCAAACACAAGUCUGUACAGUUCACGGUAAUGCUUUGCUCAAGACAACAGAGACGAAAAUCUUCAGCCGAAUGUCGAAUUUAGGACAAGACAAAAUAUCAUUGGAUGCAAUCAUUACCAAGCAAGGCUGACUGAAAACGCGAGCCUCGAUUUCAAGCACACGUAUCAUCCUGACGUCAUCUCUGUCCAGUCCAAUCUCGUCCCUUCUUUUAUGCGUGGAAGAAAAAAAAGAGCUGGAAACGAGAUUGCAGAACAUCAGCGAGGGAUUUAUCAAAACCAAACGAACAUUGUGUACAAUAUAUUUAUUGAAUCAAUCUUGGAGUCUGUACAGCUAAGAAAAAUACACCCAGCCAUUCGUCAAUGGCUUUCCAGCGCUGGUUGGGUAUUGACAUUAAAACCAAGACCUAUUUAUUUCUUGUUAGGAUUUAUAAAUAAUCUGUUUUGAUAGAAUUUGUACUGGUUAUCGACAAGAGAGUAUGAAAUAAGAGGAAGAACCCUCGUGCGAACAACCCGAGUUAUUUUUGGAUUCACGCACGCGUGGAAGUUCUCCUCGCGAAUCCGCACGCUACACGCAACAAGACGAUCGUGUUUCACAUAACCAACACGAAGAUUUAUUUCACAACGCUGUAAUUUGUUCACUUAUCGCUGAUUCCAUCCUCUUGUUUCGUUUUUUCGUUUCUAAAAUAUUGAAUUCAAAUUGGAUUCUCGCUGCAAUAAGGCGCAGGGUGAGGAAUUCCUUCCCUUAAGUCGUCUCUUGUAAGAAAUAUUUCGAUCACACUUGCUGGUCUAUAAAAACGGUUACUUUUACGUGAAAACAAAACAACCAAGAAUAUAUUUUCAACAACAACGUAUUCUUGCAGGUAGCAGGAGCCCAUUGGGUAAUGGGUAAUGGGCUCCUGCAGGUAGUCAUUUAAUUGACCUUCAUAAUAAACUUUUCCAUAAAAGAGAUAUUUUUUUCAAUUGAUAACCUCCGAAUAAAUGUUUCCCAGUCAAAACUCUCAAUAAAAAAGCUUCUUUAUAAAAAUUGCUCUCGUAGCAUCAUUUGGCGUUGUCACGUAACAAGUGCGCGUUGCGUGACUGCCCCAAGCAACAGCUGCGUUGGCCCUACUAACACUUAUUAAAUAAAGAUUUCUCUAUCUCUAAACAGACGUAAACUUUCAUUCUUAUUCAGGCUUACCAUGAAAGAUUUAACGGUUUCUUUCAGCUUCCAGUUUACUUCACGGUCGUUGUUCGAGUCGUCACGAAAUGCUUCUCGAGGAAGAGUUUCGUGACGCGUAGAAAAUUGGGUGACAACACUCAAGAACGGUAGCGACGGAGACCCCGUUUUACAUAAGAGUGUCUUCUAAAAUGAAACACUGAUUCAGAUGAAUUUCUGGCAACGAUUCCAAAGGUAAAAUAACCUUUCAAGUCGAGAAGCAGUCCUGGGGCCCGUUUCUCGAAAGCCCCGAAAACUUUACGGGCCCGAAGAGCCAAUUUUAGUUAAGGUGGUAUGGUACCCUCGAAUGGACCAAAAAGUUUGUUUAAAUAUGUUGAAGAAAGAUCAAUUGUGUGCU